AAGGGGGAGAACAAGUGGUGAUUAGUGAGGUCAUGCAAUUGCCAUAUGUGACAGAGGAAGAAUGUGUGGGUGAGGAUGAUGAUGAAGAGGAAGAGUUUGAUGGAAUGGAAACAUCGGAAGAAGAAGAGCAACCCACUGUUACUCAGCCACCAUUGGUCGAUGACCAGUUCACUGGUGAUGAUGCAACAAUGGAGGAGGACACUGAAGAGCAUAAUUUGGAGGCUAAGUUGGAUGCUAAGUUUGCUAUGCUUGAUCCCAAGUUAGAUGCUCAGCUGGAGGAGGAGCUAUCACGUGCUGUCCCAGAGAUAGGACGUGGCAUGGAUAAAAGAGAUACGCUCCGGCAAACCAGAGUCAAAGGAAGGUGCUUAGCCUUAAUCGCCGAGGCACAUUCAAGCAUGAGAGAUUACAUUGUUGGAACUGUUUCCGAGACGAGCUUCAUCGAGCUCAAAAGGCGUGGGUUUGGGAUUUGUUUUUUGCUUUUGCUUGUGUGGGUAUAAAUAAGGGUCUUUAGAUUUGGAAUGGGGUUUUUUUGGUCUGAAUUUGGGUGUUGCGGGACGUGGCAGUAAGAGGAGGAGGAUCCUGAAUUUCCAGAGCUCACCGAAGGGAUUGUGCAUUCUCUGGUUUCUUUUCUUUCCAUCUUAGGUAAAAAAAUCUCUGAAACAGGGAUUCUAUUAGGGGAAAAUGGUGAAGGAGAUGAUGGAAGCUUGAUCCCGUGGGUGGGAUUCCUUUCAUCAGAUCCAGACCUGUUUUCCUUUAAAGAAUCCGCCGUGCUUGUCUAUUUCUUUUAUCUGUUGAUGAUUCUGUUUUUCUUUGUUUAGGAUGUUAAAUUAGUAUAUGUUUGGUUGGAAUGAAAGCGAUUUAAAGAU